AUGUCGACGGUAGCGGACGCCUUGGCCGAAGCAGCGGCCGCUACGGCAGCAGCCACAGCGACCGCGGGUCGCAUCGACGCGGUUGAACAACAUCAAAUCCAGAUGACGGCACAGCUCACCGGCAUUGCCCAGCAGCUUCAAGCAUUACUCGGCGGUGGCGCUGGUGGAGGUGGUGGCGCUGGAGGAGGCGGUGGCGCUGUGGCCGAGCAGAUGGCCGCUUUCAGGAUGGUUCUCGACCCAGCGAUGCAGCAGAUCGUGGAAGUGGCUCUUGGAAUUUUACCAACAUCGGCGCUAUCUCCGACCGAUGUACUCGAUCGUAUCAGCACUUACAUACGUUCGAAGCGAAAUAUCGCGUUAGACAGAGUCGCGUUCGAAGAAUGUGAGCAGAGUGCGGCGGAAACAUUCGAUGAUUUCUACAUCCGUUUACGGAACUUAGCGGAGGCGGCCGAUUUAUGCGGGACGUGUCUGGACACGCGGAUGACGACCCGCGUCAUGGCGGGAAUUCGGGACACAGACGCGAAAAGGAAAUUGUUGGCCCUGAGUCCGUUUCCAACAGCCCAACAGGCCAUCAAUAUAUGUCGCAGCGAGGAGUCAGCAAGAGCGAACGAGAAAUCCUUAAGUAAUCCGCCGACGGUGUCGUAUGUGCCAUCGAAGGCCCAGCGUUCGUUCAAACCGACAGAUACCAGCAGGUGCGGAUCGUGCGGUCGCUCGGCGCAUCGCAACGGAGAGCCGUGCCCAGCCGUUGGGAAACAGUGCCACAGUUGUGGCGAAAACAACCAUUUCUCCCCGUGUUGCCCAAAAAAGCCGAAGACAGAUGCAACGGCCGGCGGCGGCGCUAGUGGCGGUGGUGGCGGCCAAAGAGGACCCAGGCAAGGCGACUAUACCGACCGUUCACGGGUGCAUAUGAAGCGCAUCGUGGUGGGCAACGUCCGCGCACACAGGCGGCAUCGGCCCGCUCCUACCAUCCCGUUACUGCUUCGUGAUGCGGCUGGUGAGGUACUUACCACAGUCAACAAAACUAUUCCGGACGGCGGGGCCGAAGCUACUGUUGGAGGCUUGGACGUGUUACGUGCACUUGGGCUAUCCGAAAAGGACCUCACAUCUUCCACCUUCAACUUGGUAAUGGCGGACAAGUCAACCCCCCUGCUGGUGGUGGGAGAAAAGGAUUACCUGGCCGACUAUGAAGGUGUGACCGCCAGUAUCACAAUCAUGUUCAGCCCAGACGUCGAAGGGCUCCUGCUGUCGUGGUAUGAUUGUGUCGGCUUGGGAAUUCUUCAUGAAAAUUACCCGCGUCCGUGGAAAAAGCAGCAGCUCAGUACACGGAUCGGCGCCAUCGACGCUAUCCCGCCGCGUAGUCAGCCAUUCAUUUACCCGGGGCUGGUUCCAUUGAUGCCCACGGCCGAAGACAUCCAACGCAUAGAAGGCGACAUCGCGAAGGAAUUCACCGAUGUCUUCGAUCAAUCGGGAUCGCUGAAUUGUAUGGAGGGACCCGAGAUGGUCAUUGAGCUGAAGGACGGCGCAGAGCCGUUUUACGUCAACGGUGCCCGGCCCAUCCCAUUUGCCGAUCGCCCGGAGGUUAAACGCUUGCUCGACGAAUUCGAGGCUAAAGGUAUUAUUGUUCCGGUGACGGAAGCGUCGGAUUGGGCCGCGCCACUAGUCGUUACCCGGAAAGCAGACAACUCACUGCGACUUGUUGUAGAUCACACCAGGUUGAACAGACAUGUGCGCAGACCGACGCAUCCCACUCGUACGCCACGCGAUGCAGUCGCCGAGAUCUCCGGUGACGCCCGGUUUUUUACAACCUUCGAUGCAGCAAAUGGGUACUAUCAAAUUCCCCUCCACCCAUCGUCGCAACACCUAACCAUAUUUAUGACGCCGUGGGGCAGAUACAAGUUCCUGCGGGCGUCAAUGGGCCUUUGUAGUUCCGGUGACGAAUACAACCGCCGUGCUGACCAGGCGUUUCAAGGCGUCAACAAUACCGUCCGGGUGGUCGACGACCUACUCCGUUUCGACAGCUCCUUUCCGGAGCACGUGGCCGGGGUUUGUGCGGUGCUGUCGGCGGCCAGGAGCGCUGGGAUUACCUUCAGCCUCAAGAAAUUCCAUUUUGCCCGCAGCCAGGUCCAGUGGGUUGGAUUUCAAAUUCAGCAGGGCGGCGUUUCAGCCGACCCGGAUAAGCUUCGAGCCAUCUCUGAUUUCCCACAGCCAACUAACAUCACAGAGCUCCGCUCUUUUAUGGGAUUGGUGGAGCAGCUUGCUGGAUUCUCCACGGACGUCGCGGCGGCGAAGGCCCCCUUGCGGCCUCUCCUCAGCACUAAGACGCCCUUUUUGUGGACUACUGAUCACGACAGUGCGUUCUCAGCCGUCAAAAAAGCUCUCGUGGCACCACCGAUCCUGGCUCAUUUUGAUCCCACAUUGGAGACGUCCCUACAGGUGGACGCGUCUCGUAAGAACGGUAUGGGCUACGUCCUCCUUCAGCUACACGGGUCUACGUGGAAGCUGGUGGACGCCAAUUCCCGAUGGUGCACGGAUACCGAAUCCCGCUACGCUAUAGUGGAGCUCGAGCUGGCAGCGGUGGAAUGGGCGAUGAGAAAGUGUCGUCUGUAUCUCCUGGGGCUGCCCACAUUCCAGCUCGUCGUCGAUCAUCAGGCACUCGUCACGAUAUUGGAUAAAUACACGCUGGACGCGGUGGACAAUCCGAAGCUGCAGCGCCUGAAAGAGCGCCUUUCCCCCUUCAUUUUCACGACGACGUGGCGUAAAGGGCGCCAUCACGCAAUUCCAGACGCUCUUUCCCGAGCCCCGGUGAACGAUCCGACCCCGGAGGAUGAAGGUACGAGUUCCGAAAUUCAAACAUUUGUGAGACACGUCAUCGUCCACCAUGUCAAUGCGAUGACUCGAUCGGACGACGACGUGGUGGAGCCUGACGCCGCGGUGGAGCUUCCACAUUUGCCGGACCCCAUGCUGGACGACCUUAGAGUGGCAGCCGCAUCCGACGCCGACUACGCGGAACUCAUCGCGGCAAUUGUAGACGGAUUUACAGUCCCGCGACACCAGACCCACCAGAGCGUGCGCCAGUUUUGGAAGAUACGCGAGGAUCUGUCGGUGGACGACGGUCUGGUGUUAUUCGGACAGCGUAUCGUCAUCCCAAAAUCGGCCCGCCGCGAUCUUUUGCGGAAACUACACGCCGCCCACCAGGGCAUUGUACGGAUGAAACGACGGGCUCGGCAGACGGUGUUCUGGCCGGGCAUUUCCAACGACAUCACUACCCUGGUGGAGAGCUGCCAGAAUUGUCAGGAGCGACUCCCGCGCCAGCAGAAAGAGCCCCUAUUGCGCGACCCUUUACCAACCCGAGUGUUUGAAGACGUAUCGGCCGAUUUGUUCCAGCUCGGCCCCCUACAUGUCCUGGUGUAUGCUGAUCGCCUCUCCGGAUGGCCAGUGGUCCAUCAAUGGCGCCACGAUCCGUCCGCCCGCGAAGUCACCCAGGCAGUCAUCGAGAAUUUCGUCGACCUGGGAGUGCCGGUCAGGUUCCGUUCAGACAACGGCCCUCAAUUUGAAGCGCACAGUUUCCAGACCAAGCUACGGCAAUGGGGCGUCGUGUGGGGAAAUUCAACGCCCAACUACCCGCAAAGUAACGGCCAUGCGGAGGCGGCCGUGGCCGCGAUGAAGGAUCUGAUGGCCAAAAUAUCACCAGCCGGUGUGGCAUCGGACGAAUUUUCCCAGGGUAUGCUGGAGUUUCGAAAUACGCCCAGGGAGAACGGCCUAUCACCCGCGGAAAUGGUUUUUGGUCAUUCCCUGCGCUCAAUCAUCCCAGCUCAUCACACGUCUUAUGCAACGAGUUGGCAGUCGGUGAUGGAGGCGCGGGAGCGGCAGGCGGCCAUCGACGCGUCCGUAAAAUUCCGGUACGAUGAGAGCGCUCGCUCACUUGCUCCUCUCUCCAUCGGUACUAACGUCCGCAUCCGCGAUCCUAAGUCGAAAUUUUGGGACAGAGUCGGCGUUGUCGUCGGUAUCGGGCGCUACCGGAGUUAUCGCAUCAAGUUCGCCAAUGGCAGUGUCUUGUGGCGCAAUCGUCGGCUGCUGCGACCAAUGGUGGCUGUGGCCGGGCCCGUCGAAGACGUCAUCAGCGAGGAAGCGAGUAGCGGCGUUGGGGAUCCCGGAAGCGACGACAGCGUGCCAGCCGACACGAGCUCAGCCUCCCCGCAACCUCAUAGCGGAAGCGCAAUCAACACCGCCCCGCCGCCUUUGCGUCGGGGGGAGCGCGUCCGGAAACGUACUGUCAUGUUCGAUGUCUGA